AUGGAGGGUGACGAGAAGUCGGCGGGCGGGGCCCCGGCCUACUGGGGCCUGGGCGCGCGGCCCUGCGACGCGUGCGGCGCCGAGGCGGCGCGCCUCUACUGCCGCGCGGACGCGGCGUUCCUGUGCGCCGGGUGCGACGCGCGGGCGCACGGCGCCGGGUCGCGCCACGCGCGGGUCUGGCUCUGCGAGGUCUGCGAGCACGCGCCGGCGGCGGUCACGUGCCGCGCCGACGCCGCCGCGCUCUGCGCCUCCUGCGACGCCGACAUCCAUUCGGCCAACCCGCUCGCGCGCCGCCACGAGCGCCUCCCCGUGGCGCCCUUCUUCGGCGCGCUGGCCGACGCGCCCAAGCCCUUCGCCUCGUCGGCGGCCGUGCCGCCCAAAGCCGCGCCCGACGACGACGGCAGCAACGAGGCCGAGGCGGCGUCGUGGCUCCUCCCUGAGCCCGACCACGGGCAGAAAGAAGGCGCCACGACGGAGGUGUUCUUCGCGGACUCCGACCCGUACCUCGACCUCGACUUUGCGCGUUCCAUGGACGACAUCAAGACCAUCGGCGUCCAGGGCGGGCCACCAGAGCUCGACCUCAACGGCGCCAAGCUCUUCUACUCCGACCACUCCAUGAACCACAGUGUGUCAUCGUCGGAGGCAGCGGUGGUGCCCGACGCGGCGGCUGGCGCGGCGCCCGUGGUGGCAGUGGUCAGCAGGGGCCUGGAGCGGGAGGCGCGGCUGAUGCGGUACCGGGAGAAGCGCAAGAGCAGGCGGUUCGAGAAGACGAUCCGGUACGCGUCCCGCAAGGCGUACGCGGAGACGCGGCCGCGCAUCAAGGGCAGGUUCGCCAAGCGCACGCCCGGGGCUGGGGCGGACGGGGAGGACCCGCUGGAGGAGCACGAGGAGAUGUACUCCUCGGCCGCGGCGGCCGUGGCUGCGCUCAUGGCCCCCGGGGGAGCUGACGCGGACUACGGCGUCGACGGCGUCGUGCCCACAUAUUGA